GUCUUUCGUCCCGUUAGAUAUCUUGAAAAGUGAAAAUUCAACAUCUUUAGCCUGUAGCGUUCUAUUUGUUGCUGUAAAUUAAUGAAAAAUCUUUACCAUAUACUGACGAGAUACCACUGUUUCGAAAAUGAAGACGAUGCGCCAGAAAACGCCCAUCAAGGUAUUCCCCAAGGCCACGCCUCUAUCAAGUCGUGGAAAUUCUGGCAACAGGUUGCCAAGCGAUCCCGUCCAGGUGUACUGCCGCGUCCGUCCGUUACCCUGCGAAUCCGAUCUGUCCUGUCUGCGGGUAACCGCUCACAAUAUGGUCGUCUUGACGCCACCUGAAAUCGCUAUCAACUACAAGAUAUCGAACCUCAAGGAAACGCAGUAUCUGUACCGGCAUGUGUUCGAACCGGCCGCAUCGCAGCAUGAAGUUUACGCGACGGUGGCGCAACCGCUGGUGGAGGCACUGAUCCGCGGUAAGAAUGGGUUGCUUUUUACGUACGGUGUUACGGGGAGUGGAAAAACGUAUACGAUGACGGGUGACACGCAGCAUCGGGGCAUAAUGCCCCGAUGCUUGGACGCGCUGUUUCGGACAAUUGCGGAUUAUCAGGCGAAGAAGUUUAUUUUUAAGCCGGACCGAUUGAACGGGUUCGAUAUUCUUUCGGAUGCGGAUGCAAUGUUGGAGCGACAGGCGGAAUUGCAUUCCAAGCUUAAUCGAAACAAGCGGAAGGAUAUGGAUCCGGAAAUCGCUUCGAAGGCUUCGGUGGAUCCGUCCGAGGUCAGCGGCAUUGAUGAGGACAAUAUCUAUUCGGUUUUUAUUACUUACGUUGAGGUUUAUAAUAAUUCCGUUUAUGAUUUGCUGGAGGAAACGACCAUCCAGAAAACACUGCAGAGUAAAAUGGUUCGAGAGGAUGCCAACCGAAAUAUGUUUGUCCAUGGUGUCACUGAGAUUGAGGUGAAAACCAUGGAGGAAGCGCUGGAAGUAUUUUUGAUCGGACAAAAACGUAAACGGGUUGGUCAUACGAUUCUAAAUGCGGAAUCGAGUCGAUCGCAUUCUGUGUUCACGAUACGGCUGGUACAGGCUCCAAUCGAUAAUCAGGGUGAGCACGUAGUGCAAGACCGAAAUGCAGUUACCGUAAGCCAACUGUCGCUGGUGGAUCUGGCUGGCAGUGAAAGAACUAACCGAACGGGAAAUACUGGUCAGCGGUUGAGGGAAGCUGGUAACAUCAACAACAGUUUGAUGACUCUGCGGACGUGUUUGGAAAUUUUGCGGGAGAAUCAGAUGACGGGUAGUUCGAAGAAGGUGCCCUACCGUGAAUCAAAAAUCACUCAUCUGUUUAAGAACUACUUCGACGGUGAAGGGCAGGUGCGGAUGAUUGUUUGUGUUAAUCCCAGAGCGGAGGACUAUGACGAAACGGCACAGGUAAUGAAAUUUGCCGAGAUGACCCAGGAUGUUCAGAUUGCACGACCAACACCAUCGAAGAUUGAUGUCGGAUUGACACCUGGCCGUCGUAAGGCCAACCAAAUUUACAAGAUAGCAAUCAGUGACCUGGAGAAACGCCACCAGGAAGCAGCUGCCAAAAUGGAGAUCGAUCUGAGUUUGGUUUACAGUUUGGGUCCGAACUUCCCCGAAAUGAAGAUGUACAGCCCGGAGUCCCAAGAACUCGUUCAGGAGCUGAUCAAAGUUCUUGAAUUGCGAAUAAACAAGCGGAAAUCGCUGUGCGAUGAUUACGAUGUGCGGCAGGAUCGCUUCCGAAUGAAUCUGCUGAAACUUGAGCGUGAGAAUGUGGCACUGAAGGCGGAAAAUACUUCAAUUAAGGGGGUUCUCAACUACAGUCAGCAGAAAACGAGGGAACUGGAAAAGAAGAUAGUUCACUUUGAGAGUCUGAUCGACGAAUCGAACCAGCGCAAUCGAGCUCUCGAGGAACAGGUUCGGGGACUAGAGCAGCAGCUCGAUCAAAAAGCACAAACUUUAAAUCAGCUGAAAAUUGACAGCGAACGGCAGCAGAAAAAGUACAAUUCAAAAAUGGCUGUCGAAUCGAAGAUGAGCCGGGAGCUGGAACUGAAGCUGCAGGAGCAGAAAAAUAAACUGAAGGAGGAAAUGCGAGAAAAGGACGAGCGACUUAGGUUGGUUUCGGAAAUUAUUAAGGGCGAAACGCCGCUGAAGAAGGUCGGCCGUUCCAAUAGCGUGGAUGAAUUGGCCACGCCCCCUACCAGUCGAACAAAUGCGGUGCGGGCAAAUGGAGUUUUGCAUACUCCAAGAUCUGCCAGGGGCGUUGCUGUCGCAAAUCCACGUCAUCGUCGAUCCCGCUCUACCGGAGAACGUUGGUUGGAGCAUCGAGCGGCAAAUCCUGUUCCGCUCGGUACAAUUCUGCAACCCUAUUAUACCAAUCGAAAAUCCAUUACAAAACUGACCGAUGCUCGUGAUGUUACUAACGCAAAAGCUUCCAAAUAUUGUUUGAUAUCUCAGGACGCGGACACUGAAGGGGAGGUCGAGACAAAGAUCUUCAAAGGUGACGUAAUUCCUACGACAGGAGGUGGAGCGCAGGUGAUCUUCAACGACGUCGAAUGUUUGAAACAGUAUUCUCCAACGAAAUCCCCGACCAGACGCAAGCGACCAAGUAAUUCUGGUGCGGCUGCUCCUCCACCAGCGGAACUUCCAACCACGAGCUCUAAGUGCAGCACGGCUAUCGAAGGACAUGGCGGAAGCGGUGGAAAAAAGCCCAAACACUGAUCAUAUACUAUCAAUUCCUGUAAAUAGUAUUUCAAGCCAAUUUUUAUUUUUUUAAUUGUUUUUAAGCAAUAACGAAAACUUAAUAAAUUUCACUCGAGAUCAGAAUCAAUUUA